GUCACAACAUUUGCUCAAUCCUAACCUAAAAACUGGGCAAAUAAUAUUUUGAAAAUCUGCAAAUAUUUAAAGAAUAUUCCUUAAAAUGUCGGCCAAAAACAUAUUUUUGAAGCCAGGCUUCGUGCGGGCGCCAUUACAGAAUGGUGUGGGGCGUUAUGUGUGUCAAUUGCAAAGAAUUGUGUUAAAAUUCUGCAAAUCCAAUGGAUCGAGUCGAGGACUAAGAGACUACAUAGAACAAGAUCUCGUCGACUUUGCGAAGGAGAAUCCCGGAGUAGUUGUGUACUUGAAGCCUCGCAGACAUCGAGGACCUGUAGUUGUAGCUGAAUAUUUAAAUGGAGACCGAGUAUGGAUGAACAUGCACAACAAAACGCACUCAGAAAUAACCAAGUGGAUUGAUGUCCUCCGGACUCAGCAAGGAGACAAUUCCACCACGAGGCUCAGGAAAUACCAGUACACUGAUCACCCAUCCAUCCAAGGUCCUUGGACUCCGUUCACAUUUAAAAACCCAGCUCUCAAUACUGCAGAGCUACCGAACCAGGCAUACGGAGCAAAUGACAGGUUACCGAUGUCAGCUACAGAGCAACUUCGGUUGAUGUUCGAAGCUCAGAAACUGGGUAAAAAUGAAGAAUUGAAGACCGCAGAGUGAUUGUAUAGUUUAUUUAAGUAGUUUUAGUGUAAUAAAUUGUUUUAGUAAGGUUU